CGUCGUCCACUCAAUUCCGGCCAUUUCUCGGCUGAGGCUCCAGAAGGACAGAAGAGAGGAAGAAAAAGAUGGCUCUCCGGGCCGGAGUCUUUUCCUCCUCCUCUAUUCCCACUCAUCAAAUUCGCUGCUCCGCCGGGGGGAAAUCAUCCCCGGCGGAGGACUUUGCUCCUUUGGCCGCGGUGUUCCGGAGGCGGCUUCUGGCCGGGGUGGGGACGGCGUCGCUGGUGGCGGUGGGGGCCAACUUCGGAGGGGUCACCAGCUUCCUCCUCGGCCUCUUCCCGGACUUCGGCCGGGGUCUCAAGCUCGACGUCCUCUACCCUGUCCAGGGCUUUACUCGCUGCCUCGCUCCCAACUAUGGCUUCGAAUUUAUAUAUCCAGCAGGCUGGGUUGGGGACCGGACACUGCUCAAUAGAGUUGUGGACAAAGCUGAGGCUCAGAGAACCUUAGAUCCCCCACCAUUAAGCAAUGGGAGGCCACCCCCACAGUCUCCUCGCAGUCUCAGCGAGCCUGUGGUAGCCUUCGGGCCUCCAGGAUCCAAUGGCGAGCUUAACGUCAGCGUCAUCGUCUCUCCUGUUCCUCGUGAUUUCUCGAUUGAAGCUUUUGGUGGCCCAAGGGAGGUUGGAGAGACGGUGCUAAGGAGGAUUUCUGGAACCAGAAGAGGGACCGAUGUAACGGCGUCUCUGAUAGAUGCAACUAAGAGGGAAGAUCCAUUGAAGAAGGUGAAUUACUACAAGCUGGAGUUUAGAGUGGAGGGCCCUUCCCUUCGCCGGCAUAAUGUUGCUGUAUGUACUGCAUGCAGUGGCAAGCUCUUCACUUUAAAUGCUCAGGCACCGGAGUCGACUUGGCCGAAGGUCAGGGAAAAGUUUUACAAGAUUGCAGAUUCUUUCAAUCUCACUGAAGCAUAAACAGUGAAGCAUUGCAGGUGAUCCUUUAACCAGUAAUAUGUUCCAAUAUGUGUCAUGACAGGAUUUUGUUCUUUGAUAAAAUAGGUUAGGAUUUAGCUUCUUGUUAGCUUUCUCUCUACCAUUAUCAAGUGGUUAGGAUAUCAUGACCAUGGUCCUCCCACAAUUAUUAUCAGUAGUCUGUUUCAGUAUUUAAAGGCACAUUUGUAUUACACUUGCAAGGGAUAUAUACAUCCACUAGCACAAUGGAAUAUAUGCUGGUUUUAGCAUUUGAGAA